AUGUCCGACAUUGAAGACAGCGAUGUUGAUCGUACUGAUCUUAGUCCGCCUCCUCUUCCUCCUGAUAACCUUCGCUGUACUCGCAAGAACGGUAAGUGGCAUUGCCCUGAGCAGAGAUUCGACGGUAGAAGUUACUGCGACAAACAUAGCCAAUCAGAACGUCGUAAAAAAGCAAAGUCUUUUCCUAAGCCUCCUUUGUCUUCUGAAAACUCAUCUCAAGAAAGCGAAGAAGACGACAAAACUGAGGGACUGAAGAAAGCUGAAGCUGAGGCUGCUUCUGUUAAGGCCGCAGAAGAGGAAGAAGAUGGGAUGCGUUGCUUUAGGACGAUCGGGAGAGGGCGUUGUAGGAAGCCGAGAUUAGGGCAACAUAUCUUCUGCGAAGAACAUUUCAAGCCUGGUCGUGGAACGAAAACAGAUGAGUCGAGGGUUAGGGUUUCAGAAGACGAGAUUAGUUCGUCUUCGGAGGAAGAAAGUGAAGAGGUUAAGUUGGACUUUAUGCCUGACGAUGAGUUUCGUUGCAAUCGAAAUGAUGGGAAAAACUGGCGGUGCAAGAACUGGAGAAUCCAAGAUCAGAACUUAUGCCAAGAUCAUUAUCUGAUUAGUUUGUCCAAUUCUAGGGUUUCGGCUUCCAAGAAACGGGGACGGAAGAAGGGAAAGGUAAAUCAGAAGGAGAACAAGCGAAAGAAUAAGGAUUCAUCGAUUAAAACAAAUCGACAAGAAAGUUGUAUCGAUGGUGAAGAAGAAGAUGAAGAAGCAGAAGUAGAAUCAGAAGAAGAAGAAGUAAGUGAGGAAGAGGUUCGAGCAAAGAGGAAGAGGAAGAGGAAGAGGAAGCGUGUGAAGAAGAGUGAAGUUUCUGAAAAGUCUUAUAGAACUGGAAAACAUUUCAAGGUUGGAACUGAGUCUGAGAAGAAGAUUUUGAUUCGUGAGAGGAAAGCUGAUACGGCAAAGGUGAAGUAUGAGGUUUCGGAAAAAGACGAGGAGCUCGUUGGUGCGAGCAAGUCAGAUUCUGUUGCUAGGGUUAAGAAUGAAAGCGGAGAGGAGGACAAUGCAUGUCGAGGAGAGAUUCAGUGCGAGAGGAAGAUAAGUUUGCGAGCCAGGAAUCAGGAGGUUCCGAAAUCCGAUAUAAUGGUGAAGAGUAAAAAGAGGAAUAAGGAUGGAUUAGUUGAGGAGUCCACCAUGUGCCAUCAGUGCCAAAGGAAUGAUAAAGGAAGAGUUGUUCUCUGCAAGAACUGUAGAAGGAAACGAUAUUGUGUCCCGUGCAUGCAGAGAUGGUAUCCUACAUUGACUGAGGGUUCAAUUGAAAAUCUCUGUCCUAUUUGUCGUGGAAACUGCAACUGCAAGUCAUGUCUACGUUCAGAUAAAGGAGUUAAGGAUCUGAGGAAUUCAAAAAUUAAGUUAACUGAAAAUGAAAAGGUUCAGCACUCUAAGUAUCUGUUACAUUUAUUACUUCCAUUUCUGAAACGGUUUGUUCAAGAACAAAGAAAGGAAAAGGAGAUUGAGGCAAGGAUUCAAGGUUUGAUGCUGGCGGAUCUAGAAAUACAAAAGGUAGUUUGUAGAAAGAAUGAGCGUAUGUAUUGCGACAACUGCAAAACUUCUAUUGUUGACUUCCACCGAAGCUGUUCAAAUUGUUCGUAUGAUCUCUGCCUUACUUGUUGCGGGGAGAUUCGCAAUGGUUGGCUGCAGGGUGGUGAGGAAGAAGUAGCAAUGCAAUUUUGUGACAGAGGGACAGAAUACUUGCAUGGGGACAUUCCCUCCACGUCUUCACGUCCACAGCGGUCAUUAAGGUUGAAACAAAAAGAUUUUGUUAAACCAACAUCAGUGGAUGGUGAAGAUCUUAUCAAACCAACACCAGUGGACCAUAACGAUCUUACUGAACCUGCUUCAGUGGACCAUGGAGACCUUAGCAAAUCAACAUCAGUGUGGAAGGCAAAUGAAAAUAGUAGUAUUCCUUGUCCCCCAAAGAAAAUGGGCGGUUGUGGUUGUGGCCUGCUGAAGCUGAAGUGUAUUUUUGACCCAAAUUGGCUUUCAGAACUGGAAAAAAAAGCAGAAGAAAUAGCUGAGAAAUACAACCAUGCACAUGUGGGUGGAACUUCUACACAGUAUUGCUCCUGCUUUGACCGGCCGAUUGACCAUGCUAACAUAAAUGUAAGGAAAGCUGCAUCUCGAGAAGAUUCCAGUGACAAUUAUUUAUAUUCUCCAACUGCUGAAGAUGUCCAACAUGGGGCCCUGGAGCAUUUCCAGCAGCACUGGAUGAAGGGUGAACCCACGAUUGUUCGCAAUGUGCUUGAACUCACGACUGGCUUGAGCUGGGAGCCUAUGGUUAUGUGGCGUGCAUUUCGUGAGAUCACAAGUGAGAAGAAACGUUCUGCACAUCUGUCAGUGACAGCCAUGGAUUGUCUGGAUUGGUGUGAGUUUGAAGUCAAUAUUCACCAAUUUUUCAAGGGAUACACAGAGGGUCGAACAUAUGACAACCUGUGGCCUACAAUUUUGAAACUGAAAGACUGGCCCCCAUCAGAUUUUUUUCAGGAGCGGUUACCAAGGCAUGGUGCAGAAUUUGUCAGUGCUUUACCAUUUCAAGAAUACACCCAUCCCAACUUUGGUAUUCUUAAUCUUGCUGUAAAAUUGCCCAAGAAGUGCUUGAAGCCAGACCUUGGGCCAAAGACAUAUAUUGCUUAUGGAUUUCCUGAAGAGCUAGGUCGUGGGGAUUCGGUUACCAAGCUUCAUUGUGACAUGUCUGAUGCGGUGAAUGUUUUGACACAUACUGCUGAUGUGGUCCCGAGUGACGAGCAGCUUGUUAAGAUUAAAGAGUUAAAAAUGAAGCACCGGGCUCAAGAUCGAAUAGAAAUAUUUGGUCAACCUCGCACAAAACACAAAAAAGUUGAGAAGUUUCGGUCAAUUGUUCCAGCACUAGCUGAUCCUAAUUCAAGUGGAAUUCCUACUACAAAGAGUUCAAACCUGUCUGAGAUUUUGAUGACAAAUACUACCUGUCCCUUGCCUGGAGGUAAUAAACAACCCAAUGGUAGUUUUGAUGAGAAAAAUGAAUGUCUUGCUUCCUUUAAUGUUGAAGAUCAUGUUGAGAUGUCCAAUGUUGCAGAUGGAGAACAAGAAAAUGAACUCGGUAGUUUUAUAAAUGCAGAGGACUGCAGCAAGCAAGAUCGCAUAGAUACUGAAGUGGCUAAUUCAAAUGAUGGAGAAAAUGGCUGUAAUAGCUUGAAUGGUCCACAUUUGUCCAAGGGAGAGUGGCUUGAAGAGCGAUGCCUGACUCCGGUAAAACCUUCCAUUGUGAAAUCUGAUGUGUGUCAAAUGCUGUCUGGAACUAUUGACCUGCCUGGUUGCAACCUAGAUCUUCAGGAUGAGUAUGUUGAAGGCCAUGAUGUAAAGCCAAAAAUCGAUUUUCUGGAUCUCAGAGUUCAUGAGAAAGAUAAAUAUAGCAUUGUGAAUGUCAAAUCUGAAAAGAAUGAUGAACAAACUGGGAUUGAAGAACAGAUGAAAGUGAAUACUUGUGCUUUUGCAGGAAAAAAUGAAGAGAAGGUUGAACUUGAUGGUACCAUGUUACAUAGAGGUAAAGAUUCAGAUUCUUGUUCAUCUGCUUUUACAACGAAACUUAAUGGGGGACAUAAUUUAAUGGAUGGAAAAACCUUGGUUUCUGGUUUGCCAUUGGAAGAGAAAGUGGACAGUGAUGUUGCAGAAGACACCCGAAAAAGCAUGAAGAAUGCAGAUGAAGAAAACGUGGUUUCUGGUUCACCAUUGGAAGAGAAAGUGGACAGUAAUGUUGCAAAGGAGACCAGUAAGAGCAUGGAGAAGGCUAAAAGUGUCAGGGGUAGAAAGAGGAAGGGGGGUAAAUCACAUUCUCACUUGCGUGAUAAGUUGAGGAGACCGGAAACUGAGAUUGCUUUGAGAGAACAUCAGAAUGAAGGGGAAACUGGAGCUAAUGAAGAAUAUAAAAGGAGCAGGACACAAGAAGAAAGUGAUGCAUAUAUCUCUGAAGCCAAGGCUUUAACUAAUGCAGCACCUUUAAUUGAUGUACCAAAGGAAAAGAUAGAGUCCCCUGGUUCCAAAGGUGAAGCUGAAAUCAAGACGGACGUCAAUAUCGAAACUUAUGAUGGAAGAGCUAUACAUCAUGCAGUCAAUGGAAUCAAAGAGGGGCCUGAACCGGCAGACGGGGGUGCUCUUUGGGACAUUUUUCGAAGGCAAGAUGUCCCUAAGCUAGAAGCUUAUCUCAGGAAGCACAGUAGGGAAUUCAGACACAUCCAUUGUAAUCCUGUAGAGCAGGUUUUUCACCCCAUUCAUGACCAGAGUUUCUACUUGACCAUAGAGCAUAAAAGGAAGCUCAAAGAGGAAUUUGGAAUUGAACCAUGGACGUUUGUGCAAAAACUUGGAGAAGCUGUAUUUAUUCCAGCAGGUUGUCCUCAUCAAGUUAGAAAUCUUAAGUCAUGCAUAAAGGUUGCGCUUGACUUUGUCUCACCUGAAAAUGUCCAUGAAUGCGUCCGCUUGACAGAGGAAUUUCGUUUACUUCCCCAGAGUCACAGGGCCAAAGAAGACAAGCUUGAGGUAAAGAAGAUGACUCUCCAUGCAAUAAGCCAGGUGGUGAAGCAUUUGGAUAAGCAUUCGGGGUGUGAAACAGAUGAGGGCGAGAAUCCACUGCUUGAAACUAAGCAACUACUAAGUCAAGAGCCAUCACGGCCUUCUGAAGAUUUUGCAUCACCAUCUGCUUCAUCUGCUUGACUUACUACUGCAGAUUUACAAGCUUAAAGAACUGGACUGUACUGCUGAAUCUUGUGAAACUUGAAGCCGAUCCAACUGAAUUGAAGAUAAUCAAUGAUGAUUUGGAAAUGAUGGGUUCUCUUUUUAGCUUUUAUCUGUUUUAGGCCAAAUCAAAUGUAAAGGUC